UGUAAGACGUGUCUCAUAUAUAAGGUCAAAUAAUUCAUCCAAUACAUAUUAUGAGAAUAUAACCUCUUGAUUUGAAUUCAUGUCACCGAGAGACGGUCUAACUAUCUCAACAAUCAAUAAAAGUCCUAAACAUUUAUUAAAAAAUAAAAGAUAAACAUUGACCUCCUUAGCCAUCCUGAAAACAACGAAAAAGAUAAUAGAAUAAGAUAAACCACAAAUAAGAGAUAUAAGAAUCACAUGUGGCAAACUUCUAUUGGCUCUAAUAAUAUUUCCCUCCAUCCUUGAAACCAAAUCCAGAACAGAAAAUCAGGUCCCAACCCAACAAAAUCUAAGUUAUACUCCCUUGUAGUUCUUCAUUCUCAAACUUGCAAAUUACUUGUUGGAACAAUAAAAAAGAGAGGACCAAAAAAUACAGAUUAAUGGCUAGUUUGGCAUCAUCUGUAGCUGCCAGGAUUGGGUUCACACCAGUUGUUCCUAACAGAAACUGGUCAUCACCUAAGAGCAGCAGGCUCGUUGUCCGAGCAUCGGAUGAGCCUGCUGCAGCGACACCUGCAGAAGGCGAAGCACCUGCAGCUGCUCCUGCUGCCGCUGCUCCUGCUAAGCCUCCUCCGAUUGGUCCCAAGAGAGGUUCUAAGGUGAGAAUCCUGAGGAAGGAAUCCUACUGGUACAAGGGUGUUGGCUCGGUUGUUGCUGUUGACCAGGACCCAAAAACAAGAUACCCAGUGGUGGUGAGAUUCAACAAGGUGAAUUAUGCGAAUGUAUCGACCAACAACUAUGCAUUGGAUGAGAUUCAAGAAGUUGUUUGAACCAAUUCUAUAAUUUAUUAGUUUAUGAUGACAGAUAAAGUAGGAGCUUUUCUACUACUAUCUUUAUCCAAUGUACAUGAAUUUCUUUUGAGUAUCAAGUUCCUGCCAUGAAUACUGAUCUGCUCAUCAUCCUAAAUAUUAACCUUAUUAUUCUUUUGGGA